AUGUGGGUGCCGUUGCUGCUGCUGCUGCCGGAGCUGCUCCCCGCCGUGCCAGCCCAGAAGCUCUCCGCCCUCACGUUUUUGAGAGUUGACCAAGACAAAGACAGAGAAUGCAGCCUGGACUGUGCAGGUUCCCCACAGAAAUCACUCUGUGCAUCUGAUGGAAGAACUUUUCUAUCACGGUGUGAAUUUCAACGAGCAAAAUGCAAAGACCCUCAGUUGGAAAUUGCCUACCGGGGAAACUGCAAAGAUGUUUCCAGAUGUGUGGCUGAGAGGAAGUACACCCAGGAACAAGCUCGCAAGGAAUUUCAACAAGUGUUUAUCCCAGAAUGCAAUGAUGAUGGCACAUACAGUCAGGUUCAGUGCCAUAGUUACACUGGAUACUGCUGGUGUGUCACUCCCAAUGGCCGUCCCAUCAGUGGUACUGCUGUGGCCCACAAAACUCCUCGGUGCCCAGGUUCAGUGAGUGAGAAGCUGCCACAACGAGAAGGUGCAGGAAAAACAGUCUCCUUGCAAAUCUUUUCCAUUCUGAAUUCAGAUGAUGCCUCAGUUCCUGCACUAGAGACUCAGCCUCAAGGUGAUGAAGAAGACAUAGCUUCUCGUUACCCCACCUUAUGGACUGAACAAGUAAAAAGUAGACAAAACAAAACCAAUAAAAGCUCAGCAUCAUCAUGUGAUCAAGAACUGCAGUCAGCCCUGGAGGAGGCUAAACAGCCCCAGAAAGACAAUGUAUUCAUUCCAGAGUGUGCUCAGGGUGGCCUCUACAAACCUGUGCAGUGCCACCCUUCCACGGGCUACUGCUGGUGUGUUCUGGUGGAUACAGGACGUCCUAUCCCUGGUACAUCAACCAGGUAUGAACAACCUAAGUGUGAUAAUGGUGCCAGAGCUCACCCAACGAAAACAAAGGAUUUGUACAAAGGACGCCAGCUUCAAGGUUGUCCUGGGGCCAAGAAGAAUGAGUUCCUAACUAGUGUUUUGGAUGCAUUGUCCACAGAUAUGGUGCACGCAGUCUCUGAUCCAUCAUUGUCUUCUAGCCGGGUUUCAGAGCCUGAUCCAAAUCAUACUUUGGAGGAGAGAGUGGUCCACUGGUAUUUCAAACAGCUAGAUAAAAAUUCCAGUGGUGACAUUGGCAAGAAAGAAAUCAAGCCAUUUAAAAGAUUCCUAAGAAAGAAAUCAAAACCCAAAAAAUGUGUGAAGAAGUUUGUGGAAUACUGUGAUGUGAAUAACGAUAAGUCCUUGUCAGUUCAAGAAUUAAUGGGCUGCUUGGGAGUAUCAAAAGAAGAAGGUAAAGCAGAAACAAAGAAACACCAUACAGCCCCUAAAACCAACACUGAAAGUACUUCAUCCAGCAAGCAGCAAGUGUCUAAGAAGCAAGGAUGA